AUGUGCACUAAAACGGUAACAAAAAUCGUCGCACUCGUUGCCGCACUCCUCGCAGUCCAUCCGAUUGCCUGCGGAGCGCAAUCCGAAUCGGACCCAUCGUCGUCGUACCGGUUGCCGCGUGACACAAGGCCGUUAGCGUAUGGAUUGCGGCUAGUGCCAAAAUAUGACAAGGGCUCAGAUGCAUACACGUUUGGUGGCCAGGUGGAGAUCCUCAUUUACAUAAAUUGCAUCACACCAAACGUGACGUUGAACGCCAAGGAUAUGCAGAUUCAGAGCGUGGCCAUCACUGAGCUGAAAACCCAGAAGGACCAGGUGGUGGACUCUUACGAAUUAGACAACGACGCCGAGAUUCUAUACAUCUACGCACAGAAUAACCUGUUGCCCUACCGACGAUACCUGGUGAAGAUAGUUUUCCAGGGACUGCUGAGGACUGACAUGACCGGUUUUUACAGGAGCAUGUACAAGGAGAAUGAUGUAACCAAAUGGAUGGCUGUUACACAAUUCAAGCCCGCGUACGCGAGAAGAGCGUUCCCUUGUUACGACGAACCUGAAUAUAAAACUCCGUUCAAUAUAUCACUGGGUAGACAAGUGAAUCAGAUGACGUUAUCCAACAUGCCUAUGUACUUUUCACAGGAUCUCGGAUAUUAUGGCUUUCAUGUGGAUCAUUAUGAAACGACACCACCGAUUCCAACUUAUUUAGUCGGAGCACUUGUCGGUAACUUGAAAAAAUCAAAUGCGAUAGAAGGAAGCGAUGUCAAUGUUUACACAUACAAUGAUUACUUGAAUCAAGUAUUGUACGUUACGGAAGAAACGGCAACGUUGUUCGAAACCAUGCAAAAUUACACAGAUAGUUCAAACGAAUUAAAAAAAAUGGACUUCAUAUCAAUACCGGACUUUGACGGUGAUGGAAUGGAAAACUGGGGAAUAAACACUUACCGGGAAAAGUACAUGUUGUUCGACGACGAUGCAAAAAUGAAAUUCAAAGAGCAGUCUCAAAUGGUGAUCCAAAACCUUAACAGCCACCAGUGGUUUGGAAAUAUGGUGACCUGUGCGUGGUGGGAUUACCUAUGGUUAAACGAUGGAUUUUCCCGGUAUUUCCAGUAUUUUGCGAUGGAAAUGGUGAAUCAGGACUGGAGGUUAGAAGAACUAUUUGUGGUAGAGCAGCAUCAAACUGCCAUGGAGUUUGACCAGACCCCUAGACACCCGAUAACUGCGUCCAUAAAAACUUCUAAUGACAUUCAAAAUGUAUUUAAAGAAGUUAUUUGCAAUAAAGCUGCGGCUGUUCUAAGAAUGUUAAAAUGCAUAGUUACUGAAUACAAUUUUCAAGAACCCCUAAAGUUGUAUUUGAAAAACUUUAAAAACGGUGCAGUAACUCCAAGUAACUUGUGGGCAGUUUAUGAAAACUAUUACUUUGAAACUGAAUAUACGUUUUCAGAGAAUGUGCAAUUCACCAAUUUUAUACAAUCUUGGACCGAUCAGUCAGGUUAUCCAGUAGUAAACGUCACUAGAAAUCAAAACAUGUACAUAAUUACUCAGAAAAAAUUUUCGGUUUGGCCAUCCAGCGAUAAUACUACCAGCUGGUACAUUGGUCUUACUUACACUAAUAAUUUGGCGAGAAAUUUUGAUGACCUAAGACCAGUUAGAUGGCUAAAACCUUACACUACAGUAAUGUACUUGCGUGAUUCAAGCCUUAGUACUUGGGUGAUUUUCAAUUUGCAAAGCACUGGAUUCUAUAGGGUUAACUAUGACCUUAAUAAUUGGCAGCAACUAAUAAAACAGUUGAACGAAUCAAAUACCAAUAUACAUGUUCUGAAUCGAGCACAGCUGAUCGAUGAUUCGUUCAAUCUUGCAAGAGCAGGAAUGUUGCAUUAUUCGGUAGCUCUGAACCUGUCCACCUACCUCAUGAAGGAAGACGAUGAAAUACCGUGGUACACAGCCAUCGAAUGUUUGUCUUACGUGGUCGAACGAAUGCGUCGUAGUGCUGAGGGUUAUGAUUAUAUAAAGUCUUACGUUCGGAAAUUGGCCGAUUAUGUUUACAGAAAAACUGAAACUUUAGUUGUACAACAUAACAACGACCACCACACGACCAUUACUAGCUGGAAUAAAUUUUCUGUAUGGGCUUGCUACUUGGACGGCGAAUAUUGUACGAAUAACGCAAUGUUAAAUUUCCAAAAAUGGACAAAUAGAGAAAGAAUAUCGCCCGACAUUAAAGACGCUGCUUUGUGUACAGGAAUUAAAGUCAGUAACAACAUGGAUACGUGGAAAGGUGUGCUCAAUGUGUACAUGACCACUAAAUCAGCUUCGGAGAAAAACUCAGCCCAGUCUGCCUUGGCUUGUUCACAAAACACAUUAACAUUAUAUAAAUACUUGGAAUUUUUAUUUGACAGCAAUACUGGUGGCCCAGUACGUUUACAAGAUUUCAAGGACAUAUGUGAUGCGAUAUCUUUGACACCUCAAGGGAUCGAAGCGUUAACGAACUUCUUAAUGAAUAACAUAGAACGAAUACUAAGACAAAUACCUACAGGAGAGAGUAUCGUUACGUACAUGUAUAGGAUUUUAGCUUCAAAAGUAGCUCUUGACAUUGAAAUAGCUAAGUUGACAAAUUUGAAGAACGCAGCUGAAUUGCCAUCGAAAAUUAAAGCUUCAUUCGACGAAUCGUACUUGCAAGUAGAACAAAAUCUCCUGUGGUAUAAAUGUUACCACACCACAAUUAACCAAUGGACAGGAGCACCGCCAGACCCUACAACGACUGAACCGGAUACGACCGUGUCAUCAUCGGAUACAACCGUGUCAUUGUCGGAUACGACUGUUUCGUUGUCGGAUACAACCUUGUCGUCAACUGUACCGCCGAUGUCACCACAACCGACGUAUCCAACAUUUGAUUUCGAUAACCCAACACCAGGUCCAGGCGUAAUUUCUAAGUGUCCCAAUAGAUCUGGUCAAUCGUCGUGUCAGAGUAAUUUGUUUUUCAUAAUUUUCACUGUCACCACGGUGACAACUAUAUGGUCGUUUUGUAGAUAG